AUUCCUCUGACCUGCCAGGAAGCAGAGCCUCCCAGAGACCAGGCAGAGGCACUCAGACCUGACCUCCAGAAGACGGCAGACAAGAAUCGCAGCUGGAUGAGCGCUCCUUCAGCCUUCUCCCUCCUCAGUCUUCCGUGACAUCCCUUUUGGGCCAAAGCCCCCGGAAUUCACCUGGAGGUGCCAACUCUCCCUCUCAAUCCCUGGGGCUCAAGCCCCCUUGGGGGACCUGCAUCCCAGCAUGUCGGUAGCUGUGGAGACCUUCGGCUUCUUCAUGUCAGCCCUGGGACUGCUGAUGCUGGGGUUGACCCUUUCAAACAGCUACUGGAGAGUGUCUACGGUCCAUGGCAACGUCAUCACCACCAACACCAUCUUUGAGAACCUGUGGUACAGCUGUGCCACCGACUCCCUGGGAGUCUCCAACUGCUGGGACUUUCCGUCCAUGCUGGCCCUCUCUGGGUAUGUCCAGGGCUGCCGGGCUCUCAUGAUCACCGCCAUCCUCCUGGGCUUCCUGGGCCUCUUUCUAGGCAUGGUGGGACUCCGCUGCACCAACGUGGGCAACAUGGAUCUCUCCAAGAAGGCCAAGCUGCUGGCCAUUGCAGGGACCCUCCACAUACUUGCUGGAGCCUGUGGGAUGGUGGCUAUCUCGUGGUACGCCGUCAACAUCACUACUGACUUCUUCAACCCACUGUAUGCUGGAACCAAGUAUGAACUGGGCCCCGCCCUCUACUUGGGCUGGAGUGCCUCCCUGCUCUCCAUCCUGGGCGGCAUCUGUGUCUUCUCCACCUGCUGCUGUUCCUCCAAGGAGGAACCAGCCACCAGGGCUGGGCUUCCCUACAAGCCUUCUACGGUUGUGAUACCCCGUGCCACCUCGGAUGAGAGUGACAUCAGCUUCGGUAAAUAUGGCAAAAACGCAUACGUGUAGGAAGCUCUGGCCUGCUGGACACCAUUUCUUGUCCCACUGUCUCCAGGACCUGCAGGCAGACCAGUCUCCAGUUAAUAACCUCAGGACAGGCCAAAUUUCCUGGCCUCACCCUGUGCCUGGAAGCCACUACCCACUCUAGGCACACCUUAUCUGGCACUCAGCCUCUCCCUGGAACAGAAGCUUCAGGGGCAACUUGCCUGCUUCUUACAGCUGGACACAAGGGGACAGAGGUGUCUGCAGCAUGUGACUCCAUAUAAAUGUGUGCAUGAAUAAAUGUAUAUUGUGAUUGUUCAGGGGGCACCAGGGGUCAUGGAGUCACAGCCACAUAAGGGAGUCCUUUUCAAACCACAGACUGUCAAGUCUGCCCAAUUUGGGGGCUGUCUCAUCUAGUGAGAUAGUGUGUCAGGGAGCUGGGGAGAUGGCUCAGUGAGUUGAGUGUUUGCUACCCAAGUAUGAGGACCUGAGUUCAAAUCCCCAGAACCUGUGUAAAUGGCAGGCCAUGGAUACAAUCCUGCAACCCAAGUAUGCUAGGUUGAGGUAUUCUUGAGGCUUCCUGGCUUCCACCCUGGCUCCAGGCUCCAUAUGAGACGCAGUCUUAAGGGAAUGAGGUGGAGCGCGAUGGAGCAGGGAGCUGGAAACCCUCUUCCCACCUUCUCAGGCACACAGACUUGUACAUAGACUACACACAUGCACACAUUCUCAACAAAAGGAUUUGAAAGGGGGAGUCACUAACAACUGAUCUGAGUCACCCACCUCAGGAGAUUGCUAAUAGCUGUGAUGCUCCUGGCCUGCUGAAAGUUCCUCUCUGUUGACUCUUGACCUAUUUUCUCACAGUCUCACACAGGGGCAGUUGAUCUAGAACAGGCAUUGGUAGGUGCAUGUGUGUUUGAAGGUUUGGGGUUUAAAAUAAAGAUAUUUUAAAUGAUGCA